GGCAGCACUGAGAGUGGAAGUGACUAAGCAGUGCCGUCGACACAGACCCCACCACCUACAGCCCAUAGGAUUCUGGGAAGUGUUCCUGCCUGAUAGAAAACUCAGCUCAGGAGGAAGGACAGCAGAGGCCAGGUGCCUUGCAGGAGCUGAAGGUCUCCUCAGAGAAAGGGCAGUGCAGUGAGAAGAGAUAUGGAGGUGUCUUCCGAGUUUUUCAGCAAGGGGUGCACACCCUGGCAGAGGAUCCUACUCACAGCCUCCCUCUUAACCUGCUGGCUCCUGUCCACCACUACCAGUGUCACCAUCGAAUCCUUACCUCCCAAAGUGGUUGAAGGAGAAAAUGUUCUUCUACACGUUGACAAUCUGCCAGAGAAUCUUCUAGUCUUUGCCUGGUACAGAGAAGUGACAAGUAUGAAGCUUGUAAUUGGACUGUAUUUACCAGAUUACAGAACAAGUGUAAAGGGGCCUGAGCACAGUGGUAGAGAGAUAUUGUACAGCAAUGGGUCCCUGUGGAUCCAAAAUGUCACCAGAGAGGACACAGGAUAUUACACUCUUCGAACCAAAAGCAAACAUGGAGAAAUUGUAUCAAAUACAUCUGUGUUCCUUCAGGUGUACUCUCCUCUUUUCAUCUGUGGGCGUCCUACCACCCUUGCACCACCCACUAUUGAAUUAGUGCCGCCCAGCGUGCCUGCAGGGGGAAGUGUUCUCCUCCUUGUUCACAAUCUUCCAGAGCAUCUCCAUUCCCUCUUCUGGUACAAAGGGCUGGUUGUAUUUAACAAGGUCGAGAUAGCCCGACACAGAAUAGCCAAGAAUUCAAAUGAGCCGGGCCCUGCGCACAGCGGUAGGGAGACAGUGUACAGCAACGGGUCACUGCUGCUCCAGAAUGUCACCUGGAAAGACACCGGAUUCUACACCCUACGAACUCUGAAUAAAUAUCGGAAAAAGGAAUUAGCACACAUUUACCUACAGGUGGACACAUCCCUUUCCUUGUGCUGUGACACUCUCAACUCUGACCAACUCACGAUCGAUGCAGUGCCACAGCAUGCUGUUGAAGGGGGAAGUGUUCUUCUCCAGGUCCAUAAUCUCCCAGAAGAUCUGCAGACCUUUUCCUGGUUCAAAGGUGUGCAAUGCACCCAUGUUUUUAAAAUUGCAGAAUAUAGCAUAGCAACAAAGGCCAUCAUCACUGGCCGUGCAUCCAGCAGACGAGAGACUGCAUACACUAAUGGAUCCCUUCUGCUCCAGGAUGUCACUGAGAAAGACUCCGGCUUGUACACACUGGUAACAACAGACAGCAAUUUGAAAGUUGAAAGGGCACACGUGCAAGUCAGCGUGAACAAGCUUGCCACACAGCCUGUCCUGAGAGUCACAGACAGCACAGUCAGAGUACAGAGCUCAGUGGUCUUCACUUGCUUCUCAGACGACAUUGGGAUCUCCAUCCGUUGGCUCUUCAAUAAUAAGAGUCUGAAGCUCACAGAGAGGAUGACCCUGUCCCCAUCUAAGUGCCAACUCAGGAUACAUACUGUCAGGAAGAGGGAUGCUGGAGAGUAUCAAUGUGAGGCCUCCAACUCAGUCAGCUCGAAGAUCAGUCUCCCAGUCAGCCUGUCUGUGGUGAAUGAGUGACCCCUACUCUCAUGCUAAAGCAGGGCGGGGCAUUUCUGUACUGAGAUGCCCACACCUACCCACACCUGCCAGUUACAAUUUUCAUUCAUUCUCAUGUCCAACUGGCCAUCUCUUCUAUCCCUCACCACACCUGAUCCUGAACCCCUCCAUUUUCUUCCACAUUCCCAAUUCUACCCAGUCUGUCCCUCCAUCUGCCUCCUACAACUUUUUUCCCCUUCUAUAUGAGAUUCAAGCAUCUUCAUUUGGGACUUCCAACUUGUUUAGCUUCUUUGGGUCUGUGUAGUGUAGUGUGUGUAUCUUGUAUUUUGUGCCUAAUAUUCACUUAAUAAGUGAGUGUAUACCAAGCAUGCCAUUUUGGGACUAAGUUACUUCACUCAGGAUGAUAUUCUCAAGUUCCACCCAUUUGCCUUCAAAUUAAUGAUGUCUUUGUUUUUAAUAGUUGCAUAGUAUUCCAUGGUGCAUAUGACACCACA